AUGGAUUUAGCAUCCGGAUCAGGGUCAAAUGACCCGGGACCAUCGCCGACUGGUGGUCCUGCGGAUGACUCCUCCGCUGUAAGGUCAACGGUCCAUACACCAGCGACAACCCCGAGCAGAUACGAGUCUCAGAAACGACGCGACUGGAACACGUUCUUACAGUACCUGAGCAACCACAAGCCGCCGUUAACGCUGGCGAGGUGCAGCGGAGCUCACGUGAUCGAGUUUCUUAAGUACCUUGAUCAGUUCGGUAAAACGAAGGUGCACGUGACUGAUUGUCCGUACUUCGGCCAGCCAAACCCGCCGGCGCCAUGUGCUUGUCAGCUCAAGCAAGCUUGGGGGAGUCUAGACGCGCUGAUCGGCCGGCUCCGAGCUGCAUACGAGGAGAACGGCGGGCGUCCUGAGUCGAACCCGUUUGGUGCGAGAGCUGUGAGGAUGUACUUGAGGGAAGUGAGAGAAAGUCAAGCCAAGGCUCGAGGUAUUCCUUACGAGAAGAAAAGAAAACGGCCUGGCGGUGGCACGACCACGGCGGCAGCAAUGAAAGUGUCGGUGGCUGUUGAUGGAGGUGGCAGCGGUGGUGGUGGUGAGGAUGAUGGUGGAGCUGCUGUUGCAGCCAUAAAACGUGAGCCGGUCUAUAUCGACAAGAACCAAACGUACCGGAGCCAAACAGACAGUGACCGUGGAUUUUUAGCUACAAGACGGUACAUAGAUGGUCCCUGGGUGCACUGUAUGUAAGAUCGCAUACACACGUGGGUCCGCCAUCGAAGCUGCAGGUUCAAUCUCAGGUGUGCGGCUGCUGCUGCGAAAGGGUUCCAAUUCGAACAUAAAAACGAUGUUUAUUUAGAUUCGAUGUAUAUUGCACUUUUCUUAAAUACAGAGUAAAUUACAGAACUGGUACCUGUAGUUUAGUGAAAAUUUUAUUUUUGAUCCAAGGUUCAAAAGUAUAGCACUGGAGUUUUAUUUUCUUAUAACAUUGGUCGAUG